CCUAGGUUUUCUAGGUCGAUCGCGUCGCCGGCGAUGGAUUUCGGCAGCGCCGCUUGUAUUCCAGACGCUCUUCCAGCCGCCGGUUCCAGAUCCGCGGGGAGCUUCGCAAGGAACUGGAAGAUUUCUUGCUCGAUGCGGCCGGGCGAGGAUCGCGAUCAGCACGGUAAUGUCGCAUGGCGGAAGGCGCUGGAAUCGGUCCGGCCGCGGAUCGCGCAGGCGCGGGCACGGCCGCUUGAUGUGCCGCUGAAAGCGCCCUUCGCGAUCGCUACCACCAAGCUCGAGGCUGUGGCGAAUGUGGCCGUCCGGGUGGAGCUCGCGGAUGGGAGCGUUGGAUGGGGCGAAGCUCCGACGCUCUUUCCAGUCACUGCGGAGGAUCAGACUGUAGCUCUGGACCAGGCUGGGCGAUGCUGCCGGAUGCUCGAGCAGCUUGAGCCAGGAUUGAGCUGCAUGGAAAUCCUUUCCAGCGUUGGAAAUCUUCUUCCAGGCCACGGCUAUGCUUCCGCUCGAGCAGGGAUUGAGAUGGCUGUGAUCGAUGCCGCAGCUCGUAGCGUUGGAAUUCCACUCUGGAAAUUUUUUGGUGGAGCAUCCAACUUUGUCACGACGGAUAUCACGAUUCCAAUAUGUGAGCCGGAUAAUGCUGCUCGCCUCGCCAUGGAAUAUGCUCAAAGAGGCUUCCGGACGGUGAAAACCAAAGUUGGAGGCAGAGAUUUGUCGUCCGACAUUGCCAUGCUCCAUGCGAUUCGAAGUAGCCACCCAACUUGCAAUCUCAUUCUUGAUGCAAACGAAGGCUACACGUCGCAUGAAGCCUUACGAGUUCUACAGGAGCUCCAAGAACAGGGGAUCACUCCUAUUCUCUUCGAGCAGCCAGUGGCACGCGCAGACUGGGAUGGCCUUGCGCUCGUCAGCAAAAAGGCGAGAGAACUCUAUGGCGUCCCCGUUGCUGCCGACGAAAGCUGCCGGAGUUUGGACGACGCCCAGCGCAUUGCCGACGAGGAGCUUGCUCCAGUGAUAAACGUGAAGCUCGCGAAGCUCGGCGUCCUUGGAGCUCUCGAGGUCAUCUCUCUGGCUCGUGAGAAGAAGAUAGAGUUGAUGAUUGGAGGCAUGGUGGAGACCCGAUUGGGGAUGGGCUUUGCUGCUCAUCUUGCUGCCGGAUUUGGCUUCUUCAGAUACAUCGACUUGGACACUCCCUUGUUACUUGCCGAGGAUCCAAUCGAAGGUGGUUAUCAAGUACACUCGAAGAAGUACAUUAUGACCGAUGCUCCUGGACAAGGAAUCAACUUAAAAUGAUCAUUCUGCUUGGUUUAACUUUUUUACUUUUAUGCAAAACCAAGUUAUUUAACCUAGAAAACAAUUAUUCUUUGGCAUUAUAUGGCAUUAUAAUGAAAUAUACCCAAACA